UUCGCGGGAAGGCUGGCUGACGGAGGGAAGAUUCUCCUCGGCUCAAAACCAACAGCGGGCUAGUCGAAGUGGCUACGACCGCAAGAAUACAGCUCUGGAGUUCUUCAGGCCCUGAGAUGUGCAGAGACUGGACGGAAAAGUUUGGAUGAAAAUGACAGCGACUAUUAUUUGUGACAAUUUUUUUGAAAAUGGCUUUGAAUACAAAUAUUUUGCAGCACGUUAUGAAGUGAAUGUUCAAAACAGUCUGCGGGUUUGUUUAGUUACUACGUAAUAUAUUAUAAACAAAUUUUAUCCGGUCGAGUACUUCGGCUCCUUGCAUACGAAUUUUAUAUUCAUGUGUGAUAGCUGCUAAUGACUUUGACACUCGGAUGCGAAGACAGUUAGCUCAGAAACAAAGUCAUUGAAAUUCAAAGACAUCAUCAGUGUAUGCUCUUGUAUGGCAAUGCUGCGAAGUACUGCGAGGUGUAUAUUUUUACUACGGUGGCUGAAUGUCUAAUGAAAAUGUCGCUGCUGUGAAAAGUACGACGAAAGAAAGAAGAGAUAUCACUUGGACGUCUUCGUCAACGAACGAUCACUUCACUCGUCAUAUCCUCGUCUGCACCAAAAGGUGAAGACAAUGGAAGCCGUAGACAAUCCGUCAUACUUUUCUGUUCCGGGAGGUUCGACGUCAGGGACUCCAGCGUCGACCUCACGCGGUCCAUUCUCCCUGCUGAAGCGUCGCGGUGCCAACAUCAGCCGGAGUAUGGGCGCCAACACCUCUUCGGCCUCCUGCACGUCCUCGUCUUUGGGCCACAACUCCGCACCCACGACGCCGACUGCUCCAGAGGUUGCAGCUACCCCUUUGCUGCCAAGCGCCCCAGUUCCCUUGUCCUCGCACUCCCAUCACAGACGCAGUUUUCGGUCCAUACUGCGUUCCAUGAGCGCCAACCACCAUCACGGCUCGGCUGUUUAUCAGCUGCAGCACCAGCUUUUGGUCCUUGGUGAACCUCGGCCUUCGGACAUGGCCCCAGAGUCUCCUUGUCUGCCUCACCACCAACUUCACCAUCCUUCUGCUUCCUCUUCUUCUCCUAACAAGGAAGAUCACCAUCACCAGCGACGUCGCAGUAACAGCAACAAAAGCUUCAAAUCACAAAAAUCGUCAGUGGAGCUUCUAAAUACUGACAUGGUGUAUUGCCCGAUCCCGCGUACUCCGAGUUCUGCGUUAGCUUCAGUGCCUAAGACUGCUGCUUCUGAAGAACUCCUCGGUGGAUCUCCUGAAGAAGUCUUUCUCAGCAAUGGAGAUGCUCGGUAUUACAACCUGACAGCGGCCAUGACGAUUCCUUUGCCGGGUUCGAAUGCCGGCAGUGGCAGGCGACGUCACUCCAUAGGCACUUUUCUGAACAGAGACCGCGGUAGUUACAGCUGCUUAAGCAAGACACCAACUGCCACAACUACGCCUACUGCUGAAGAAGAAAAUGCCCCAGCGACCAGAAGUGAUGCGAUGCAGAAAAUGUCUACAGGAAGUGUUGGGAGCAGAGGCAAGACGUCAAGCACCGGAGGAUGUUCACCUCCAGAUUGGCGCCAUCUUUCUGCAGCGGAUGUACCUCGUUCGGCCCAUUCUAGAAGGCGGUGCAACAGAUGCUGCAACGUCAAGGGUAGUCGAGCCGCUGACAUGGAUGACAUCCUGAUAGUAUCGAGCAAUCAGAGCCAGGCGGCUGCUUCCUGGGUCGACUACCUCAAAGUUUGCUUCGAUCAGAUCAACAAAACACGCAAAAGACCGCCCUUCAAGAUGAUGUGUGUGAGUUUGGAGGAUGUAGUUGGUCCCCAAGUGGUGCCCCUUGCUAUAGAAGAAAAGAUGACGCACGUAAAACUGCAGAUUGUGAUCAUCUGCCCACAAUUUCUGCAUCAUAUUUACGAGAACCCAGGACCAGCCACGACUCUGGGUCGCCUGCUGCAGCCAGACAGAGUGUUGGCCAUGCUGCUGGGGGUGGACGAGUCUACAGUGACAGAACAGCAUCGAGCAGCACUCAUAUCAUACCAACAGUGGCAUCACAUUCCUGUAAAAGACCAAGACGAAUCGUUCGUGAGCAAGUUCCUGCAGGAAGCACUGGAUAUGAUGGCACGCGUUUGGCGCCAGCAGACGUUACGCACUGACAGAGCUCUUUUCUCGGUGAUACCUAAGAAAGUAAAAGAGGGGCAGCAUAAAGUAAUUGUACUCUUAAAUGAGCCUAUAGAAAAGGAAGAUAAACUUAAAAUAACAGUGGACAAGAACGGCGAACAUUUGGAAGUGUCAUCUGUGAAGCGACGAAAUCCCUAUACGUUGCACUUCCAAAUGCCAGAAAGUUGCUUGGAAGUGUCCAUGUUAGUGAGUGUGCACGUGGAGAAGAACGGUCAAGCUCUUGGUCACCGGCAAGUGAAAUGUGAGAGUCGCAUGCGAGAACUUGACCAGAUUUUACGGUCCUGUGACAAUCCUCUGGAGUUCAUGUGUCAGACACUGGGCUUUAGCCCGGGUGAUCGCGAACAUCUGGACAACUUCCUAGUAUUAGCAUUCCAGCGUAAUUUACCUCCACACUUCAACCUCUUACAUGUGACAGGACAUCCACACCAUCACAGGACGCAUACUAGCCCAGAAGAGUAUCCAACGCUGCUGCACUUUGCAGCAAGAAAUGGACUGGAAAAAUUGGCCUGGCAACUCUUGGAAUGUCCGGGUGGCGAGCAUGCCUGUGAAAUUCGAAAUGCGUGCGAGUUGACACCAGCAGAAAUGGCUGAAGCAGCUGGCCAUAGCAAAUUGGCAAAUGCACUCCGGGGAUACAUGCAAAUGACUGAAUUCACCAGUAUGUACAGCUACAUGAAGAUCAUGAGUGAGGGAAAGGCAAAGUCCUCAGGGUUUAAUGACAUAGAGUAUCACCAACCUCGUCCACUUAGUGAAACCUACCAGGUUCCUCCCGCUGCACGUGUCCUCAUGGAUCACUACCAGGUGCCACCCACCGCACGGCCAUAUUGUCCUCCUGGAAAUGAAAUGGGGUACAUGGAAAUGCACCCUCCAGCCCCACUUUUCCAGUCUCCAGCUUCAUCAUUUAGAAACAGCCUCAGUUGUCUGAACACAGCGGCCGUUAACUCAGAAGCGCCUGCCACAACUGUUAGAUCGCCUUCUCCUGUAUGUACCUCGCCAAAGUCUGACGGCCUAGAUCACCUGACUCUAGAAGAGGAGAAGCUUCCUGUUUAUGGUGGGGCUAAGAAGUCUCGCGAGCAAAUUCACCACCAGUAUGGUGCACAAGAAGAACUUGCAGAAAUUCUUUAUGACUUCAAGAACAAUGUAUUCAGCAUUGCUGAAGUUGAGAGGUUUGUGGAGAAUUGGCAAAAUAGAAAUGAUGUGAAACAGUCCUUUAAGGAUAAACAGGAACAACUGAAUCAUAUGCGCGAGGAAUAUGAACAUCUUCAGCAGAGGAUGAAGGAGAGUAUGAAACGCCCCACACCUUUUGACCGAAUUCGCAAAUUAUUCAGAGGAAAGCCAAAAGAAACGAAGGAAUCUUCAGCAAGUUGUCCGGGAGAUGGAACAAAGACUAGUAGCAUUGAGUCCAUGCCAGUCUGUCAGCGUCCUUCCAGCAGUUUAAGCCUUCACAGUAUUUCCAGUUCAUCGUCGUCGUCAGGUCGCAUGAGCACAGUCAGUGCCUGCAGUGGUACAAGCCUUGGCGACUCUGGAACACACUCUGACCCCGAAGACAGAAAGAUGCUUUCUUCACCAACUGAUGCAAGAAACUGUGGCAAUGGCGUUAAAUUUGGUAUCCAGAACUACGAAAUACCUCCAGCCCCAAGACCACUUGGGAAGAUUUCUUCUCCACAUUACACUGCUGGUUCUACUCUGCAGCAAACUACUCCGUCAUGUGCACCUUCUAAUAUUUCUAUAGAGAACCGCCCUCCUUGGCCUUCACCUCGGCCGGACUUAUUAGAACUUCGGUCAUCAAAUGGUGAUCCUAAUAGUGGGGACUCCAUUUCUUUUAUGCAAACUGCCAUGUUCCUGAAGUCCCCAGCCAGCAAGAGGAGAAUGUAUGACACAAGCGAAAGCAGGGACUGUGAAUACCUAGAACUGCAGCCCAGUCCAGUCGGUGAUGAUUCUAAACCAGAUUAUGUCAACGUUGUUGGUAUAGAAUCUCCCAACACCCCUAAAGCAGAGACUGUGACAGAUGUGAAAUUAGAAGAGGGCUCGUACCAAACAAAAAUUAGUACAGUUAAUACUCUUCAUUAUCCAAAGAGCCCUGCCCCAAGUGAUGAUUCGGACUUGCCUGAUUAUGUGAAUGUGUGUGUCUCGAGUUCUGAAUCGCAUCUUCCGCCUCCUAUACCACCUAGAAAUAAGUAGGCUUAAAGUUGGUAGGUAUCAAAUUAUAUAGGUAUAGAACUCUUUCUGGAUCAUAAAAACAGGAUUACCACACUGAAAUUGAUUGUCAGCAGUGAAAGAAAUGUGCAUAAACACCAUAAAAAUUAAAGGUAAUCAUUGCGGCUGUUUCUCUUUUUAAGGAUCUAUAAAAUCAAAUUAAUAUGUGGGACUGAACCGGAGAAAUGGGAUAUUGUUAAAUGGGUGCAGUUAAGAAAUUAUGUUGUACAAUCUCUGCAUAAAGUGUAUAUCUAUACAAUAUUAUUGUCUAGGAGUGCAAUAUAUAGCUAAUUCAUUUUGUCACUUUUUGUGUUCACGUAGCGUGUGGGUGGUAAGGGAUCCAAAAUGUGAUGCAAGAAGGCAGUGAAAAUACAUUUUCCUGAUACAUGAAACUACUUGGCAUAUAUGACGAGUUGCCAAGCAUCACAGUCGUUCUAAUCAGUAUCUUUAUUUUUCUGAAGGCAUCAAAAAUGUGGCUGCAACUCAAAACUGCAAAAAUGUUUAAAUUGUUAUUUAAUUAAAGUUGGAAUUAAUUUUUUAAUCAUUCUUUAAAAUGGUAUGGACAUUAAAACUGGUUGAACCUUCGUGCAUUAAUUUUAAUUUUAUAUUUUGUAACUCCUGAUAUUUAUCAAAAUGUUAUAAAUAUAAAUGUUUUAAACACUUCAUUUGUUGCUGUGUAACCCCACUGUGGAAGUUGUAUUCAAAUAAGAGGAAAUGUAAAGGUUUUACAUUUCUUUACUACCAGUACAGUAAUGAACUUCUUUGGAUUAAUUGCUUUAAAAAGAAGUUAUAUGUAAUUUUAUCUUUAAAAUAAGGUAUUUACAUUGUUUUUUGUAUUAUGGUUUAAAUGGUGUUUGAAGAAUAUUGAUGCAUUGAUUCAUGGUGCAAUUAAUAGUGGAGAAUAAUUUGAUUGGACUAUUCUACAUCAAAUUUACGGAAUAAGACGGAUUAAAUUAUGCACAUCAGUUUUCUUACAAUCUUUCAGUAUAGUAGUGAUGGAGAGAAAAAGACUUAACUAUGCACAUAUAGUUACAAGACAAUAAUAAGUGCUUAUGGUAAAACAUAACCCCAAAAAUUCUAAGAUCAUAAAUUAUGAUUAUCAAUUUACAUGGUCCUUACAACUACAUAAAACAUGCUGCUAGCUAUUCUGCUGAGAUGCAUACGAUGCAAAUAUCCCUGAAAUGUAGUAUGAAAUCAUUGCAUCGUAUAUGUGAAGCGGAUGGCAUCCUCAAAUUUGAAUGUUUUAUGCAGAGAGAGCGCUAUAAAUAUGAGGCACUUGAAUGAGCCAGAAAAUUGUAUCUGUGGAGGAAUCAACUGGUAGGAAUAGAAUCAUGUGGACCAAUGGCUUUAGACCUCAGUCAUGAAUCUAAUCUUAGGUAACAUAAUACCUGCCAUUUCUGUAUUUACAUGUGUAAACAAAUAUUUAAACUAACUAUUUUAUAAAGUAACAUAAUUUAUAGUUUUAUAUGAACUACUGAUAUUUUAGUAGGAUUUGAGGUUCUCAAAGUGGCAAGUAUGAAGAUGACUCUUCUGGGUUGUAGUGCCAUGUACUCUGGUAGAAGUCUACCAACAUUUCAGAGGUCGCUGCUGCCUGCGAAGGAUACAGUCAUCUUCAUACUCAUGUUUUACAUUAUACUUAAGUCCUGAGUAACUGCAUUUAUAUAGUAUUAAAUUUUGUACUAUAAUUUUUAUUAUUCCUUUUCAUAUGGCAUACACAUCACUAAUCUAAAAUGAAAUAUAGGAUUAGUUUUACGUAUCAUGAGGCCAGAUACAAUUAAAAUAUUACGUUUUAGUAGGCAAUUAUGAAGAACAAGAAUAUUCUGUACGUUAAGUCUGAGUUAUCCAUUGUAAAGGAAGAAAUAAAAUUCAUGGCAACUAAAAAAUAAACGAAUAUCUCAAUGAAA